AUGGGUCUCCCAACCUGGCUGUGGAAACCAAAAACGCAUCACCCGUUGGCUCCGGUGGAAUCGCGCAACUAUCGAUGCUGCUGCAGCUGCUGCACCGCCAAGUGCGGCUUCACCACCGUUCUGAUCUUCUGGGCCAUCGGCGCUCUCCUGACUCUCGGUUUCCUGAUGAUCUUCAUGUUGGCGCCGGCGGUUUACCUGAAGCUGCUCAAGAUGCCGGAGUUCUACACGGUGGUCUUCAGUCUGCUAUGCGCCUUUACGGGGGUGCGCUCGAUUCAGACGUUGAAACCGUGUUGGAUGCAGUUGUUCUUGAUCUUUUGGUUUGUUGGCUCGGCCCUGAGCUGGACACUUUGGAUCAUCUACUGGGUAAUGCUAACAGAAGGCUUCGAGCAGAUGAGCGCAAAGGACAAGAUGGAGGAGGGCAAGAAGCACGUCGACACCAGGCCUUUUACCUGGACCCUUUUGGCACCACUUAUCGUCACGCUGUUGAUCUGUCAAACGUUCUUCACGUGCCUCUUCCUAUCCUACUAUCGCUACGUGCGUGACCGCCAACUCGAGAUUGACCAGCAGCGCGGCCAGAUGACGGCCAUCACCACGCACAAUAUU